AUGGGUAGAGCUGACCGUGACGACCAUGUCACUAUCAACUGGAGCAAUGUAGAAUCCGGACUUCAAGAUCAAUUCGACAAAUAUUCUUUGCAAAUGAUCGAUCAUCUGGAUACCGACUAUGACUAUGGUUCUGUUAUGCACUACGCACCUACAGCUUUCAGCAAGGUAUCUUCUACAUGA